GCCGGGGGGAGCGGAGGAAAAAGGGCGGGAAGAAGGAGGGGGGAGAGGGAAGGAAGGAAGGGGAAGAAGGGCAAGCGAGAAGCAGAGGCCAAGGGCGGAAAGACGGAGGACAGAAACGGGGAGAAGGCAACGGCGAAGCAGCCGGAGAAGGGGAAGGCCAAGGCGAGAGAACACAACAGCAAAGGAAAGACCGGGAGGAAAAGGAGGGAACAAGGAAGGGACAGGGCAAAAAAGAAAGGAGAGGCCGGGGGCCGCGGGGAGAGCAAGCAGAAGGCAGACAGGGGGGCAGGGAGGACGGGAGAGAAGGGAGAGGGCAAAGCGACGGGGAGAGGACCGAGACACGGGGCGCGCGCGGGCCGCCGCCGCCGGGGGGGGGGGAGAGAGACCCGGGGCGAGGGCAGCGCAACGGAGCGGGGACAGAGAACGGAGCGAAAGGAAGCCCGGCACACCGGGAGGCAGGAGGCGGGCGAGACACGCGGACACAGGCAGAGCAGGGAGGGGGCCAGGGCCAGGAAGGGGGCAAGAAGGGACGCACGGGAGGGAAGGGAGGGGGGGAGAGAGAAGGGGAAGGAAACGGAGAAGGAGGCGGAGACGGGGCAGGAGAAAAGGGGAGGGACGAAGGAGGGAAGACAGGGGCAGAGGAGGAGAGCGGGACAGGAGGAAAAAGGAAGGAAGGAAAGCGCACACAAGACGGAGGCAAGACAGGGGGACGAAGAGAACCAAAGGAAGGCGAACAAAAGAAGACGGAAAAGAGAAGACGGAGAAGGAAGAGGAGCCAAGAGGGACAGAGAGGACACGAAGGGCCGAAAGGAGAGAACGGGAAAACAAAGGGACGAAAGGGGGAAAGAAGGGGAGGGAAGCAGAGGGGCAGAAGAAGGAAAGACGGGGAGG